ACAUCAUCUCCUUCACAAGAGGGAGCGUAUAAACCUUAUGAAAGAAGACUAGACUACUUGGAAACCAAAGUCGCCCUAUCCGAAGAAAUGGGGACCAAGUCAGCCUAUAGACAUCGUCUACUUCACGAGAACACUGAGGAAUUGAUAGAUG